GUAUUUAUCACCGCCUCUCCGGACCGAAUUUAUGGAUUUUCCGAGUUAUCUUUAACGCAUGCUCCGGGUCGGCUAUCCCGGAACAGGAACUUUGUACAGAGAAAGGGAAAUUCAUCUGACAAUGACAUUGGCCUAAAUGUUUCGCUCUUAUUUUAACCCAACGAAUCGGACUUGCAUUUAACUGCACCUCGGUAACAACUAGACCCCAGUUUAGUUCGAAAUCUCGUCCUGGUAAGAUCCAGAUUCUGUCAUCGGUUUAUAUCGUCGCAUUUUGAAUAAAGCUAUUCCCUACAGUAAACUAUGACCACUACGAAAGGUUUCAGAGUAACCGACGCAGAUAGAAAAAUCCGCGUCGGUAUCGCCGUCAAAAAUCUAGUAGAACUCAAAAAGAAAACAAUCGACAAAUUCAAACUUAAAUUUUCUCCUGGACAAAUAGAUUUCCAAACGACUGACGGUACCAUAAUCGAAAACGAAGAAUAUUUUCAGACUUUACCUGCGCAAACUUUAUUGAUAUGGGUGAAAGUCGGCGAAAGAGCCGCCACGGACGCCGAGAUUCUCUACAAGACAAUAAGGGAAGUUAACGAUGAAUAUUUAACUGCGGGAGAGAAGGUUCAAGAAUUUUUUACUGAAAAAAUGAAAAAUAAGGUGCUCAAACUCGCCGAGGUGCUCAAGGGUUUGGACGCUGACAAGGGCAAAUUCAGCACCAAAGCUGAUCAUCCGGAAUGGUUCGAAGGGUUAAACACCAACGCAAAAACAAAAGAGGAAUAUAUGUUCAAGAGGGCGCAGGAUAGAAUUAGGUCGUAUUUCUACAAAACCAAAGACGAAUUGAGAAACAGAAACGAUUUACCGCGAAAUGCGGUUAACGAUCUGUUUCUCGAAUUAGACGCCAAAUUGAAAUUGAAUAAAUACCACGGAUGUUAUUUCGAUAGGGCGAGCAGUCGAAACGACGAUGACAUGAAAAGCAUCUGCAACAGCGAAGGGACGUUCCGGUGUCAAGGCAGAUGGGAUAGGGAGCAAUGUUUAUACGCUCCGCGUCACAGCAUUAAUCCGUACAACAGCAGGGAAUCGCGUAUCGUAUUCCAGACUUGGAAUCUCGAUCACAACAAGGAACGUUCGCGUUCCGUUAUCCCUGCUGUAUGUGCAGCUCUGCGCGCUUCUGAUCCUUCUGAUAAGAACGUUGAGAUACGCUGCGAUCUUAUAGAAAACGAAACGACGACGACGCCAAGGGAUGCGCGCCUCGACGUCAAGGCCAUUUAUAAUGAUUUAUUCACUUUGAAAAAUUUGAAAAUCGUACAUAUUAUUUGUCACGAUAAGGGCGUUCAUCGUACCGCCAAAGCGGGUCCUUAUCUGUUGUACUGAAUUUCGUUCGAAAUUUUGAAUUUUUUGUCCAAUGAACAAAGGUUUUCAACUCAGAUUUCCAUCGGGACGCAUCGAUUUGCUUGAAAUUUCGAUUCCGCUCCAACUAGGGUUUCUAGUAGUACCGUUUUGGAGCCUUUUGAAUGUUUCCCUUUUGCUUCAAAAUGUUUUUUUAAUAAAAAUAAAUGAUUUCUACUAUUAACCUCUCAAAAUUUCGAAAAUUUAUUCCGCCGUUCCUCAAAUGAGGAAACAACUACUUUCCUGGCUAAUAUUUCGACUAAUAUUGAAAAACAUCUUCUCUAAAGAGCGCGAUUCCAAUCGCAAUUGCGAGCUAUCGGCGAAAAGAUCGAUUGACAUCUUCAAUAGAGAUGUAAUUCAAUAUUCGUCGAGGCAUUAGCCAGGAAAGUAGUUUUUUUCCUCAUUUGAAGAACGACGGAAUACAUUUUCCAAAUAUUAAGGUCGGAAUUACGAACAAAAAAACGCAUUGAACGGCGUUGUAAUUUCUCGACGUUUUGUCUCCCAUUUUGGAGACAUUAUCAAGAGAAAGGUGGAUUAUACUGUGGUUAUUCGUUCAUCGAUAUCCUAACCUAACUCAAUAACUGCUGAUCUUGAGCUAAUAAAUUAACCAAUGGAUUCCCAGACCAUAUUAGAGUUGGUACAUUUUGGGAUUUAAUUUUGCCACAAUCCCACAACGAAAACGAUCAUAAACUUGAUUUUCUGGAUGGUUCAACUAUUAUUAUACCGAAUUUUGACAAUAAGGGGUAGCUUUCACCCCUUGAUAUAAUUUGUACAUGGGAAAAGGUUGCGUUUACCCAUUCGUCUCGAUGAAAUUUUGAUGUGAUACCAUAUUUUUACCAAUAUUCACUGGACUAAUUGAAAAUGGAAAAAUUUGUUGAUUUAAAUGACGUGCUGGCGCGUCUUCGGUUGUCAAACCGUUCGAGUUCGUGAAUUAAUGGUUUUAAAUCGAAUGAAAACAUCAAAUUAUUCAGGACCGAGGUAUUGACAACACUGUAAAACAUUUUCCCGCUCGAAGUUUGUUUUCGGAAAUUCAAAGUAGGUGACAUUGUUAAAAGCUCGAUACUAUCGAGCUGGUCUCGAUUAGAUUUAUUCUUUCAAAUUUUCUACUCGAAAAAUAUUUUUUUACCCAAAUUUUUCUGCUAUUUUUUGAAAAUUAUCGUGUAAAAAAUAUAUAUUUUGUUAAUGGUUAUCUAUACUAUUUCGGGCCAAAAAUCGAAAUAUAAUCGUUAAAAAGAGGAUCAACCUAUUUUUAUUAUAUACAGGGUUGAAAAACAAAAAAAUCGACUCCUAUUUCAAUUUAAACGUUUAUCCAACUUGUAAUUGUUCCCCAACCGUUUUUUGUUUCUGUUUACAUGUGUCAUAAUGACAUAAAAACAUCAAAUUUCUUCUAACCAAAAAUCUAUUUCCCUCAAGAAAAAUUUUAAACGGAUUUAGAUCCGGUGAUGUAGGAAGCCAUCUAAUUUAACUAUUGAAACAAAACUCAUUCGGUUGAAGAUUUCUUUAACCAAAUUUAUCGAAUUUUAUAUUUUACGACCGAAUUUUGUGAUUUAACUGUUCAAUUUCAAAUUUGACAAAAUCUUGGCCCGAAAUAGUCAUAUAGUACAAAUUUAUAUCAAUCGGAACGAAGUAUUUGCCAACUUUAUUAUGAGCGUGUUUUCUUUGUGGGAUUGUGGCAAAAUAAAAACCAAAAAAAACUCGUAAAUGAGAGUUAGUACACUUCGGUUUUUAAUUUUCCCACAAUCCCACAACGAAACACUCAUAAACUAGCUGACAAAGAAUUCGUUCCAAAUCAUAUAUACGCUAGCUAGUUUCUGAGCGUUUUCGUUGUGGGAUUGUAGCUAAAUUAAACACCAAACUGUACUAACUCUAAUAUAUGUCCGAGCUCUCGAAAUACCAAUGUAUUUAUCAUUUAGAUAGAAAUUGUGCCGUUUUAAAUUUCGUUGUUACUUUUAAAAAAUAUCAAAUUCAUCUAUUUCAAAAUUCAAUUUUCAAAUUGAACCUUGAAAGAACUAUCAAAGUUAUCGAUUAUCAAUAAACCCAGAAAUAUAUUAGAGUUAGUACAAUUUGGUGUUUAAUUUCACCACAAUUUUAUUACAAAAACGCUCAUAAACUAACUGGCAAAGACUUCGUUCCAAUUCAUAUACACGCCAGCUAGUUUCUGAGCGUUUUCGUUGUGGGAUUGUGGCAAAAUUGAACCCCAAAGUGUAUUAACUCUAAUAUAUGUCCUUAUUGAUAAUCGAUAACAAUUUCGAAAGCUCGGAAAUAUAUUAGAGUUAGUACACUUUGGUGUUUAAUUUUGCCACAAUCUCACAACGAAAACGGUCGUACUUAUACCCAUUCGCACUUCUUUCAAACUCCUAUAUAAAAUGUAUUCCAAAUGAGUUACAGUUAUCGUUAUCGUGUAUAUUGUUAAAAUUAUCCCAUCAAAUUUCGGGAUAAUAAAAAAAAGAUGAAAAUAAGUAUAUAUAUGAAAUGCUUAUCAAAUAUUGUGAUUAAAAAUAGAUAUGACAAAAAACGGCUUUACGCAAUCAAUUGUUCGCUUAAACGCAAUAAUUAGUACUUAUAUAUAUAAUUAUAGAUAACUUGUUGAAAAUAUUGUAUAUUUUUUCGAAAUAUACCAAAAUUAGUUACAAAAAUAUCGUUACUUUACCUGUUGGUGUUUAAUUCCUCUUGAUUGGCUUCGUUUUAAACUUUGUCGUCUUUUUUUGAGGAUAUUAACCUUUACUACUCGUUUUCACAUUCGUAACACAAGCUAGGAAAUUUUAUUAUCCCCAACUUGCUUAAAAUUGCAUAUAAUCACAAAAACAUUAAAAAUUUAUUGUUUAAAUUCCAUAGUUUGAGAAUAAAACGCUAAUAAAUGAUGUAAUUAAUUUAACGUUUAUAAUCGGCAGCCAUUUUGUAAAUCUUUAUAAUAACGUCAACAACUAAAACCACAAUGAUCCUUAGAUAAUUUACGGGAAAUUAAAAAUUUUUAGUAAUAUUUUCAAUUGGAGAUAUUUCUUAAUUUGUAAUCUUGAAUUAUCGUUUGUAAUAGUGUUUUUUUAAUCGUUUGUAACUACUUUUUGAACGUUUUUAUGAUUCAUUUUAAGACGAUUAAUGACAGAUGUUGCCACGUUGUAAUAUUUUUCCCGUUAUUAGAAAAUGAUAUUAUAAUACAGACUAUAUUAAAUUGCACCAAUACAAAAGAAGAUUAAUAAUUAUUAAAAAUAAAAUAUUUAUUUAUCGGAUGUAAAUGGGAUACUAUAAAAGAAACAAGAAAUUUUAAUAUGAUUACAAGAUAUUAUCAAUUUAAAUUUUACAACAGUGUAGAACUAGAUCACAUAUCACAUGAACCAAUGUUUAAGAUGUAAUUUUCCUAACAAUUUUGAUUACAUUUUGGAUAUUUAGAUUUUGUUCACUAGCUGCAAUUGUCACUACUAGUGUCAAAAUACUUAUCUUCGUUAAGGGUUUAAAUUUUAUAUAUUUUAUAUAUAAGCGCGGUAAAUUUUAAAUUUUCGAUUAUUGAAUUUUAAUUUUGGUAUAUUUCUUUAUUGAAAUAUAUAUAUAUAUAUAUAUAUAUAUAUAUAUAUAUAUAUAUAUAUAUAUAUAUAUAUAUAUAUAGCGUAGACGCUUUUGAAGUAGUUAAAAAACAUUGAAUCAUUAUAGGUUGUACAGGAACGAUACAGGGUGAUCAAAUGUACAGAAACAGAUUUUAUUAAAAAGUGAAAAUGUUUCUGUAUACUAAAAAAAUAUUUUAAAUGAUAUAUUUUUUCUAUACACAUAGUUUUUUGCGUAUUUUAUGCGAUAUGUAGAAUUUUUUUUAUAUUCUUAUAUUCGUUAUCAAUAUAAAAGCAUUAUUUUAUUAAGACACCCUGUAGCUAAAAUCAUAUCAACAAGAACUGUUAGUUGUAGUGUGACCCUAGUAGAUUGUUAUUCUAUUUGCUGACUGAAUCAAAAUAUGACUUUUUGAUGUACUGACUAUUUAAUAAAGUUGAAAAUAUUGAAACACA